AUGAACGUGCUCUUCAAGCUCAACUUCGCCAGGGCGGUGGAGCCGACGCAGCCGCCCCCUCCCUCGUCGCUCGACGCCAGCGCUGGCAGCGAGGCCGCGAGCGCGAGUGCGAGCCUCGCCGCCGUCGAUGCCCCGUUCUGCGUCAACCCUCCCGACGCUCCCCCGUCGUCGUCAUCCACGCCUCCAUUCACCUCCACGGCACCCUCCUCCACCACCCCGUCCGUCCCGGACCAGCUGCCACCCAUCACCCCCGUCCCGCCCUCCUUCGAGCCCAGCCCGCCGGCCGAUGGCGGUGGCUCAAGUCCGGGGCUGGGCACGCCGGCGUCCACGCCCACGCCGAUCAACCCGCCGCAGUUCGCGCCGAGUCCGCCUGGGACGGCGCCGCCCAGCCCGAUCGUCGUUGUGCCGAGCCCGCCCGACCAAUUCGGCCCUGGCUCGGGCGGCGGAGGACAAGGAGGAGGCGUAGGAGGAGGCGGUGGUGGAGGAGAGGGAGGACCACCGCCGCUGGCCCCGCCGAUGGCGCCAGGGGCCGGGCAGGCGCUGUGGUGCGUGGCGAAGCCGACAGUGCCGGACCCGAUCCUCCAGGAGGCCAUGGACUACGCGUGCGGCUCCGGCGCCGAGUGCCGGUCCAUCCAGCCGUCCGGCGCCUGCUCCCAGCCGGACACCGUGCUGGCCCACGCCUCCUACGCCUUCAACAGCUACUGGCAGAUGACCCGGGCCAACGGCGGCACCUGCGACUUCGGCGGCACCGCCACCAUCGUCACCAGCGACCCAAGCUAUGACAGUUGCGCGUUCAACCUUGUAUGA